UAGUCACUCCAGGAAUUGCGAUCUCCGGCGAACAUAUAAAAGUAUCGGUAAUAAUGAGCGAGUCUCAAUUGAAGAAAGUCAAAAUGACGAGCUCCUUAUCACAAUUGAAAGAACUGACAACGAUUGUCGCCGAUACUGGCGACUUUCAAGCAAUGGAACAAUUUAAACCAAUAGAUGCAACUACAAAUCCUUCUUUGAUUCUUGCUGCAGCUAAUCAAAAGAAAUAUGCACAUUUAAUAGAUAAAGCUGUACAAUAUGGAAAAAAAUCUGGAUCGACUUUGGCAGAACAAGUCGAAGUAGCCUUAGAUAUCACAUGUGUUCUAUUUGGAAAAGAGAUUUUAAGUAUUAUACCUGGAAGAGUUUCUACAGAAGUAGAUGCUAGGCUAUCUUUCAAUAAAGAAGCUAGCAUUGAGAAAGCGAAAAACCUGAUUAAUUUGUACGAAGAAGCUGGUAUAAAUAAAGAUAGAGUGUUGAUUAAACUUGCAUCUACCUGGGAAGGUAUUCAGGCAGCAAAAGAACUGGAAGAAAAAUAUGGAAUCCAUUGUAAUUUAACGCUUCUGUUUUCUUUUGCACAAGCUGUUGCAUGUGCAGAAGCUGGUGUAACCCUUAUAUCACCAUUUGUUGGAAGAAUCUUAGAUUGGUAUGUUGCAAAUACGGAUAAGAAAUCGUACGAGUCGAAAGAGGAUCCAGGUGUUGUAUCUGUAACUAAAAUUUAUAAUUAUUACAAAAAGUUUGGAUACAAAACUGUUGUCAUGGGUGCUUCGUUUAGAAAUGUUGGUGAAAUUAAAGAACUGGCCGGCUGUGAUUUCUUAACUAUAAGUCCGAAAUUGCUGGAGGAAUUAGAAAAAAGUAAUGAACCGAUUCGUAAAAUACUUACACCGGAAGCAGCUAAAAAAUCUGAUCUUCAGAAAAUCAGUUUAGACGAAGCAGAAUUUAGGUGGCUUCUUAAUGAAGAUCAAAUGGCAACUGAUAAGUUAAGUGAAGGUAUUCGCAAAUUUGCGGUAGACGUACGCAAAUUGGAAAAAUUACUACAAGAAAAACUUCAAUCUUAAAUAUGAGAAAAAUUCAUUUAAAAUUGUUUAUGAAAUGUAUAUUUCAUUGUCAAUACCAGUACUGUGAAAUAAUAACUGUUAGAUGUAACAUUUAUUGGUGUAUGAUACAUUCCAUAUUCUGUAUCUAUUUUAUA